AGUGGCCCCGCGACUCCGGGCUGUGCGUGAGGAGCUUGGUUGAGGCCCUGAAGCAGGCUGAGGAGGGCAAAGGUCUAGGCCAGUACGAUGCAUCGGCCAUCGAACGUCGUAUCAAGGAGUGAUUUCGGGCAAGGCAGCGCACAGACGAGGAUGGUGGACAGCUCGUACUGACCUUCAUUCCUCGCCGCCGCCGCUGCCCUCGCCCAGCUUCCUCAUCAUGUCUCUUCAGCUCCAACACACAGACAACCCAUCUGGCACGUUCCAGACGGGUGGUAUUGGCGAGCCGAAAUUCAACGUCGACGGCUCCCCCUUCACUGGCUCGUGGGGCCGACCACAAAACGAUGGCCCCGCUUUGCGAUCCAUCACCGCUGCGAGGUACAUGGCGCACGUACUGGACACGCGCUCGAUCAGCGAUGCUUCCAGGACUUUUGUCACGCAGCAGCUUUGGGCCGCCAAUGGAGUCAAGGAUCCAGAGGCGCAGGGCAAGCGACGCUUGUUGAUCAGGGAUGAUCUCGACUACAUUUGCAGAGAGUGGCAGAGCAAGACGUUCGAACUGUGGGAGGAGGUCUGCGCUGACGCUGGAGCCGGCGGAGGACACUUCCACGUCUUGAUGACACAACGCCGUGCUCUGCUGGAGGGAGCUGCCCUGGCACGCCGCACAGAGACAUUGGAUGAGGUAGCAGCCAAAAGAUGGGACGAAGCUGCAGCUGCAAUCACCAACAGGCUGGAGAAGUUCUGGAACGCACAAGGGAAGCUCAACCUCGAAGGCGGGCCAGAUGAGGGAAGCAACAUCGAUUGGCACGACGAGCGUCACCUGUCCUCUAUCGGCGACAUAGUUCUCGCAUCGCCGCACGUCCUUCCCACACUGAACAGGGUGAGCGGGCAGCACAAGCCAACACAAGCCGAUUGCGCUGUUCUGCUUGGCUUUACGCACGGGUGGGAUGGAGAUGUCGGACUCAAGGCAGACGAUACGUGGGAACCUUGGGGAGAGCGCUGCCUGGCCACCCUGUGGCGAAAUGUCCAGGUCUUCGCUAAGGUCUACCCUGUCAAUAGGGGAAGGGAUCCGGUCAGGGAUGGAGUGCUUUGUGGUCGCUACCCAGAGGACGUCUACGAUGGCGUAGGACAGAGCAUUGGCAACCCUUGGUUCCUGACAACCUUUGCCGUCUCAAACGUCCUCUAUCUCACCCUAGCUCACCACGCACGCACUUCCCUCCCCAUCACCCUCACCCCUGCCACCCUGUCCUUCUUCAGCAACUUCCUCGAUGCAGGCCACGCCCGCGCAGGAGCUACGUACCAUCGCGGCAGCCACGAGUGGGAGAGCAUCAUGCGCGGCAUGCGCGAGAUGGCCGAAGUGUACCUUACGAAUGCGGCGCGCUUUGCUGAGCAGAGGAAGGGCAAGAUGAGCGAGCAGAUUGAUCGCUACUCUGGUUGGAUGAGGGGAGCGAGGGAGCUCAGCUGGAGCUUUGCGAGCUUCCUGGCCGUUCAUCAGGCCAGGCGAUUGUCCAGCAGCGUCUGAAGCGGGCAGCGCGCCGAUUGAUGGAGUCAGAGUGACUGCAAUGCAAAAUUUUCUUCCCCAGAACUGAGGGUGCU